AUGGCGACCCAAGCAGCGCUGAUUGCCGAUACAAUAGUCGGCAUGAAGCGGGCACUGCGCAGAGAGCGUGAUGAUUCGGGCCCAGACGACGCCAUCAUCCAGCCGACGAAUCGUGGGAAUAAGAUGAGGGCAAAUGCGAAGUAUGUUCGUGAAGGUGCAUUGGGAUACAUCAAUGCAGAGUAUUUCUACAAGGAGGAGAUUGACCACGCCGGGUACACGCGUCAUAUCUUGCAGCGGAACCCAAUUCGCUAUGAUUCAGAGGGCGACGAACUCGACGAAGAGGAUGAAGAUUCUGAGGCCGACGCGGCGGCUGCUGAAGAGAAUCCGUUUUCGGGGAUCGCGUUAGAAACGCUGCUUUGUCCUCUCAAACACCCCUCUGAACUUCCCAACCAUCCUUCGUUGUCUCAACCCUACACCUCACAGGCCCUCGAGCAGAUGACAAUAGCCGUGGAGGACAAACUGCGCCAGGAAAAAGCUCUUCUCUGGCGGGCCAGGAAUCUGCACCGACAAUUCCUCGGCGACGGCGGCUGGAUGCCCUGUGGUAUUAUGGAAUCCCUCGACGACCGUUACAUCUUUGAGCCUCGGAUUGCGGGUGACAAGACAAACGCGUCUGCUGGACAGCAGAGACAACCCGGGCCCCGGUUUGCCAGUGAUGAUCUCAAUGCGCCUCAAGAAAUACCGUCCGCGACGAUCUCACUGAAAGACGGCCAACCAGCACCGAAUGCGACGGAGAGCGAUUUCCAGACUGGAGGGGGUGAUGUGCAUAUGGCCGAGGUGCCAGUGGCCUCUGGGGAGACCACGGCCAGCCACGAUGCCCAGGAAACGAUCAAGGAGUUCAAAUCAGAAGAGACCGAUGCUACGGUCAAGGACCUUCCCCAGCACCCUGCAGAAGUCUCAGCUUCAGGGAGCGAGAGCAAUAUCGCGCCUGUACAGAAUGGGCCGACUGAAAAGCAGGAGAUGGACACUUCGAAAGACGGCGAAAAUACCGAUCACAAUAUCACACACCCUGAUCAGCACGAGACCAACGAAGACGACAACGAUCAAGACGCCGAGAUGCGCGAUGGCUCCUCGCCUGAACCCCCCUCUCCUUCUCUAUCCGCCGAUACCACCAGCUCCCUUCCCACCCCUCACCCACUCUUCCUCAUUCCAAAUAAUAUUCGCCCGAACGCGAACUUCGGCCUUCCGCCCACCGAGGCAGAGGAGACCCGCCGGCUCCUCUGGUCAUAUAUUCAGAAGCAAGAGGAGACCGUGCGUGGCUUUGAGCAUAUGCUUGACUCCUUGUUCCGGGCCUGCCAUAUGAAGGCCGACGUGCUGGAGUGGUGCAAAGCCGAGGGUCACGUUGGCGAGCUGAGUGACGGCGAGGACUGGUACGAUCGGGAGAGAUGGGGUCUCGGCGAGGGCGAGGAUCUCAAGAAGGGUACUGAUGAAGACGAAGUCGAGACCGUCGACGAGAGUCGAACGACGGCGAAGAGGGGCCGAGGCCGACGGCAGUGA